AUGGAAAGUGACGAAUACCCACCCAUGUCGGGAGGCAACACUAUCGCAACAUCUACAGUUCUCCUAGAGACAGGUAUGGUGAAGAUGGUCGAACCUGUGACCAAUUUAACAUUGGAUACGCCAGCGGGGCUGGUGACAGUUGAUGCAGACUGUGAGGACGGGAAGGUCAAGGCUGUUGCCUUCAACAACGUACCCGCAUUUGUGUUCAAGUUGGACUACCAGAUCCAAGUCCCUCAAUUCCCGGAGCUGGGAACUGUCGCCGUCAAUAUUGCUUGGGGGGGGGGGGGGGGGGGGGGGCGCAUGAUCUAUGCGGUUGUUGACACAACAAAAAUUGGCAUCCAGAUCAAUCACAUAAAAGGCCCAACGCUGAUUCAAAUCGCAGAGGCUAUCAAGAGCACGCUUAACAAGUCCAACUAUAUCCAGUUCAUAUAG